AUCAUGGAAAGACAUUUAUGACCAGUGGGAAGUUCUGCCCGGCCGUGUGUGGCUGGAGGGUGGGAGCCCUGACGGCCCUGUGCCUUCUGCAGCAGGCUCGAGGUCAUGUUCAACUUGUCCCUCCUCAAAAUGUGACGCUGCUGUCAAAGGAUUUUGCCAUGAUUUUGACCUGGGCUCCCGGGGAAGGCUAUCCCCCGGGUGUGACCUACACUGUGAGGUAUGAAAGCCAGGAUCGCCUGGACAAAUGGAUGAAGGUUCCUGAUUGCAAAAACAUCCCAAGAUCCUUCUGCAAUCUGACUUGUGCCCUGUCCAGCUUCUACGUUAAAGUCCGUGCUCGGGUGAAAGCGGUUUGGGGACGGUCCCAGUCGCCGUGGGUGAAAUCCCAGUUCAAAGAUUACUACUCAGACGUGGAGCUGGCUCCCCCUGUGCUGACCCUGAAUGUCAGGGACAAUUCCAUCCACGUGAGUGCCUCCUUCCCUCUGCCCGCCUGUGUGGAGAACCUCACUUGGAAGUACGACUUGAACCUCUGGGAAGCAGGAUCUGAAGACAAGAAGAAAUAUGAAGGUUACUUCAGGAAGGACACAGUGACCAUCAACACCACUGCCCUCAGGGGCAAUUACUGCUUCAGUGCCAGGGCUCUCUACGAAAGCAUCAACUUGAAGUACAGUGAAUUCUCCCAGCCAGUGUGCGUGCUAUUAAACCACAAAGCAGUGGAGUGGAAGUUCUCAUUUCUGGUUGUGAUCUUUCUGUUUGUCCUCCCCAUCUUCGUGGCCAGUCCCCUCAUCUGCUGCCUGCUGAAAUAUGAGGCCAAGCAAAGGAAGAUGCCUCAGGUUUUGGAUUUCUCUCAGUUUAAAGCUGCUGGACCAACCCUCCACUUGGAGUUCAGUGAAAAGGAAUUCUGCAGUGAUGAUCUGAACUGCACAGAGAAGCCAAUGCCUCAAAGGAGGACAAACAGAGCUUUAGGAGGACACCACCUGCCAUGGAUGGCUUCUUUCCCAUCAUCAUCAUCAUCGUCAUCAGAUGAGGAGGAAGACAGCAGCACUUUGAUCCCAUACCAUGAAAUGCCCCGGUACCCCAAGAGACAUAUCAGCUGUCAGCCACCCCCAGCAGCUCCGGGGGAAACCAGCCUGGAUUCAGGAGCUGCAGGUCUCUCUGUGGACAGUGGAUCUGUGCCUGACCUCAGAGCCCUGGGUUUCACUCUCUUUGCAGAGAGGAAGGGUGAGCUGGACACCUCGGGAUCCCAGGCAAACGAGGAGAUGUCCCUUUAUCUCGGCUCCUCCUUGGGAAGAAUAUCCCUCACUGAUGUGAGAUUCCCAGGUGCCAGUGAGCAUGGACAGGAUGAUGGACACAGGGAUGAGAGGCUGGGAAUGACCCCCCUUCAGCCCCUGCUGGGGGGGAUUUGUGCCGAACCCCACGAGCACAGGAAGGCUCCUCAUUUCUCCAGGGAUUACCAGAAGUCCGUCCUUGAUCUGCGGCUCCAGAUGGACUCGAGGUCCCAGCCCGGAGAGCUGCUCAUCCCCCUGUGGACGCUGCAGGUGGCAGAGGAUGAAGGCAUUGCCAGCGACUGCGGCAGCGACGAUUUUACACAGGGGACGCCCGAGUCCAAAAUGCUGAGUGACGCUUUUGAGACUUCAAAUACAGAGGGAAAAUACGACCCAAAGCUGCAAUUCCCAGGCUACGAGCACUCACAUUAUUUGGGAAGGAUUUAAGUACCCAGCAGGUCUGGGGAGUGCCUGAAAAGUGCUGGGGGUGAGGGAGGCAGGGACAUCUCUGAGGGACCACCAGCAAACAGGCACUGCCUGGGGGUCACUGAGACUUCAGAAAAGGGAACUGCUGUGCGUGGGCUAUGAAAGGCAAAAGCACAACCCAGCCCCGGGUGGAACCCAGCUGGAGCC